AUGAACUGUCAUGCAGGAACACAGAUUCUGUUAAGUAUAUUACGUAAAAAAUUCUGGAUUCUCAGAGGUAGGAGAGCUGUUCGUAAUGUUAUAAAAAACUGUAUCAAAUGUAAGUGUUAUAAUGUCAAAAGUCAGAUUACAGAACCUGUUCCUUUACCAGCUGAUCGAGUGAAAGACGCAAGAGUCUUCGAAGUUGUCGGGAUGGAUCUUGCUGGUCCCCUCUACAUUAAACAUGGAGAUAAGUCAUGGGUAGUUUUGUUCACCUGUGCCAUUUAUCAAGCCACUCACUUGGAACUAGUUACGCUGUUAAGCACCGACUCUUUUCUUCUUUCUCUGAGACAUUUCGUUGCCACAAGAAGCCGUCCGAGGAUUAUAUAUUCUGAUAAUGAGAACAAUUUCAGAGGUGCAUUCAAAGAUCUUUGUGAAAUUUAUUGGAAUAAAGUCCAUAAAGAAGCUGAGUUGUAUCGAAUUCAGUGGAGAUUUAACCCGCCUACCACCACCUGGUGGGGAGUCUAG